GUCUAGGCAGCAAUCUGCGUUUACCAGAUGAAAAUAUUUCAUUAGCUAGCUUUAAUGAGUUCGUGUGCUAAGAACCUCUUUCUGUUGGGCGACUGGAAUACGUAGUUCUAGAGCAAAUACGUGUGGGAUAAAUUUCAAACUUCCCGCUGCACUUACCGCCCUGGUGUAAGCUAACGCCAAGCAGUCAUGCUAACUGGCUUCUAAGGUUAGUUUCCUCCCCAAAAAAAGCCGUACGAGAGAAGUCUGUUGCUGGUCAGGCAAAAUAUGCAGACCACCGACAUUGGCUCGAAAGAAGAUGGUAAAGUUUGGCAUCGCAAACCAAAUCCAUCAGUAAGCAACGGCGUAAUCGUCAGUGUUGUUCGGAGUAACACCCAUCAUCAACACAAGACGGUGCGGUUCCUGCAUGUGGCAUUUGACACAACAGGAGAGUCAUUCCUCGCUGGUGACCAUCACGGGAAUAUCUAUGUAUUUGACAUAAGUCGCAACAGAUUCAAACUGGUUCAGAAAACCGGACAGGCAUGCACUGCCCUUGCAUUCAGUUUGCGCAGAACUACGGAGUUCCUAGUUGCACUGGCUGACUACUCUAUAAAAUGCUUUGACAAAGACACUAAAGAGCUGGUGAGCUGGAUGAGGGGGCAUGAGGGGGCAGUGUCCAGCAUAUCAGUCCACAGCUCCGGGAGAUACGCCAUCACCACCUCCUCAGACACCGCUCAGCUCUGGGACCUGGACACCUUUCAGAGGAAGAGGAAGCUCAACAUACGCCAGUCUGUGGGCAUCCAAAGGGUUUUCUUUCUACCUCUGAGCAACACUAUCAUCAGCUGCUUUAACGAUGGCUCCAUUUUUGGCUGGGAGAGCGAUACUCUUUUCUGCAAGUUCCAGCUGUCAGCACCUCAGGAUGGACCCAAAAUACACUACAAAGCUUUUGCUGUUACAAGGGAUGGGAAGACCCUGGCGGCUGGCGGCCGUGCCAACCUGCUGCACCUGUGGUGCCUGGAGAGCAGACAGCUGAUGCGAGUGGUGCAGAUGCCACCUCGCGUCCGGACCGUGCGCCAACUGGAGUUCGUACCCGAUAGCUUUGAUGGAGGAUCCAGCCAGAUCCUGGGGGUGCUGAGCCAGGAUGGCACCAUGCGCUUCAUCAACAUCCAGAGCUUCAAGCAGCUCUUCCAGAUUGGCUCCAUGGACGAGGCCAUCACCAGCGUGGCCAUCUGCCCCAAGGGACGCCACAUCGUGGCCAUCAUGGACAGUGGCGCGCUCAACAUCUACAGUGUCCAGGGUCUCACACAGGAGGUCAACAAGCCGCCGCAGCCACUGGUGAAGGUGGUGUCUCAGGACCCCUCAUCGGACUGCUCCGGGAUGCUGGUGAAGGUGCGAGGGGGGGCGGUCCAGAGACCCAGGAGCUCUAGGGGCCGGGUCAAAGCCAAGCUGGUGCGCCCCCCGGUGGGCUUCACUGGUGACGACAAAGAGAAUGAUUUACCAGGUGGAUUGAGCAAGAAGCGACUUCUCGGUUUGCUGAAGGCUUUUGGGGAAUAUCCAGCUAAAUACAGGAUGUUUUUGUGGCGUUCGCUACUGCAGCUCCCGGAGAAUCAGGCAGCGUUCAGCAGCCUGAUGGCUAAAGGGGUCCACCCUGCCUUCCUGACACUGCAGGAGCGCUAUCCCAUUAAGAGCCAGAAGCUACAGAGGGGUCUGCAAAGGCUCCUGUCUGCUCUGGCUCACUGGUCGGCCAUCUUUGGCGAGGCUGACUACCUCCCCCUGGUGGCCUUUCCGUUCGUCAAGCUCUUCCAGAACAAUCCGCUCAUCUGCUUUGAAGUAGUGGCCACUGUCAUCGUGAAUUGGUGCCAGCACUGGUUCGAGUACUUCCCCAACCCUCCGCUGAAUGUUCUGAGCAUGGUGGAGAAUGUGCUGGCCCACCAUGACAAGGAGCUGCUGCAACACCUGGUGGACAGACACAUCACAUCACAGCUGUAUGUGUGGCCGCUGUUGGAGACUCUGUUCUCUGAGGUGCUGACGAGGGACGAGUGGCUUCGUCUGUUCGAUAACGUCUUCUCCAACCCCCCCGCCUUCCUGCUCUUCGCCACCGCCGCCUACAUCACCUGCUGCAGAGCCCAGCUGCUGGCUCUCACUUACAGGGAGGAUUUUGAGUACUUCUUCCACCACCGCAACAACUUUGACAUCGGCAGCAUGAUCCGGGAGGCGUACCGCCUGAUGGAGGCCACCCCUGCAGAGGUGCUGCCCCGCCCCACGCUGACCGCCUUCGAGCCCCUGCUGCGCGGCCAGUACCCCGUCUUCAACAAGUACCCCACCUUCAUCGUGGAGUACCAGUCGCAGGAGCGCGAGCGCAUACGGCAGCAGGAGGCCCAGUACCUCCUAGAGAGGCAGGCCCUUCAGGACUUGCGUGCGGAGGCUGUGCGUCAGCAUGCGGAGGAUGAGGCCUGGUACGCCCAGCAGGAGCUACUGCAGCAGGCAGAGACCCAGAGAAGACACAUCCUACAGCAGGAGGAGAGCAAGCUAGCAGAGCAGAGGAACAAGCUGGCUGCCAUGAAGAGGGAGCUGAAGCUGAAGGAGCUGCAGCUGGUGGAGGCCACUCGCCGCCGUUUCCUCAGCCACCAGCAGGAGCAGCGCAGAGCACAGCUGCAGAGAUUGGACGACGAGAUAACCAGAAAGAUGGCGCUGAGAGAUCAGGAGACGGCUGCUGCAGUGCAGGACAUCGAGGUCAGGCAGAUGGAGCUGGACGCCAAGAGACGUCUCUUCGAACAGCAACUGGCGAAGGAGCAGGUGCGAGUCGACCAGGAGGUGGAGGCUGAGCUGGGUGCGCGGCGGCAUCGGGCCGAGCUGGAGGACAUGGCAUUCAGGGACACGCUGCACACCGACACAGGCCUGGCCAGAGACAACAAGAGGGUGCUGGAGGAGUCCCUGGCGGAGGCAAGCCUGCAGGGAGCGGAGCGCGACUGGCAGACGGAGGUGCUGAGGCGUCUGGAGCGGGCGGACGCGGAGCAGGAGAAGCAACAGCAGCUGCUGACCCAGAUGGCUGAGGAGACGCGCGCCAAAGAGGAACAGCUCGUCACGCUCAUGGCCAACAUGGAAGCCAGAAAGUGGGAUGAUGUUGGCCCCCAACAAACCCAGCAGGAGAAGGACAAGAAGAAGGAACAGAAGACUACUGAGCUGCUGGACGCCCUGCAAGAGGACCCCAUCAUUCAAGAGGGACCCCGCACCGACCAACAACACAGACCUCUUCAGCAGCGACAGAUGCCGAAUGAGCCAAGUGAAGACAGCCUGCUGUCUCCCUGUCCAACCAGGGACCCUGGAUGUCAACCACCUUCUCCCCACACGCAGCCCAGUGCAGACACCCCCAUCUGCCUCAACAACCAGUCUCUAUCUCCAGACACCACUUCCACCACCUUCUCUCUGGACCGUGGGCGGGCGGAGCUGGACGGCCGGGAGCGCGUGCUGAUGAGGGAGGUGCUGGAGCUGAGGCAGAAGCUGGCCCGCAGCAAGUCAGCCAGCGGCAGCAUCUACUCCUGCAGCAGCGUCUCGCAGUGACCAGCAGGGGCGCCAAGUCGCAGUGACCAGCCGCUGACUCGUCUUCCAGUGACCUGCUGAAUCAUCUCACUCAGACUUGACCCAUCUCCUCCACUGACCACCAGCACAUUCACCUCCCAAUAAACAAGCUGGCCUGCCACACCAUUACCCAGUGGACGGCAGCAUCAUCUAUCAGUAACCAGUCAAAGCAUUUGACUGUGACCAGAUCAAUCAGCAGCAGCAAUAGUAGCACCAUCCCCCAAUGACCAGGGCUGCGUUUCCCAAAAACCCUUAUGUAGUACUUAAGCCUAGGCUGCCCCUCACACUUAAGUACUACUUAGGCUUAAGUACUACUUAAGGUUUUUUGGGAAACGCAGCCCAGGUCCGUCUUCUUGCUGGGCCAGUUGAACUAUCUCCCAAAGGACCAGAAGAAUCAUCUCUCAAUCACCUGGCAUACCUGGUUCAGUCUGCAGAAACAUCCCCAUGAAGUAAAAUGACUGUUUUUUUUGUUUUGUUAGUUUUUUUCUUUUAGGGUGAAAGGGCAUUAUUUAUGUUGUGCUAUAUCUACUGUAAAACGCCAGACAAUGCAAUUUGUCACACCUCAUUACUGUUUGUAGUUUCCGCACCUUAGACCAGCACAACAGAACAGGACUCGUCAUGUUGUGUUGUCGAGCAUUUUGUGCCUGAAGGCUUUUCUUGUUUAAUGUUUUUUAUUUAUUUGAGAAAGGUGCGUGAAGGUUGACGUCUUAAAUAAAGGCUUGAUUUGGGAAAGAGA